UCUGGAAUAGAAGAAGACGCAGAUUCCAGACAACUUUUAGCUGAUAAAACCUUCUUUAAAAGUUAUUGCAGCGUUCAAGCAGUGCCAGGCGGACCGGCGGGGGAAACAGUUCGGUUCCACAUCGGAACCGAUAAUUUAUCGGGAACCAUAUUAUGUCGGGUUAUGUGAAAUUGACAUGCGAUAAGUCGUAAAACACGCGUAUGUACGAAUUUCUAAAGUUUGAUUAGUUCGAAUAUUAUUUAAAAGUAUGGGCCAAUGUGACGACGAUCCGUUUGUAUACCGACUGAAUGAAAACGGGUUUGGACCUAGCCUACUGAUAAAGGUAUGUGCGGAGCGAGGAUGGCGGAUCUACCAGGCGGCGGGCGGCGACGACAAGUGGAACCUGUGGUGGAGGAACAGCGCCUUCCCCUCCACUUACUACAAGUGUUUAGGGGAUAUGCAAUUCAUGAACCACAUACCAAAAGGAGGUUCUAUCUGCCGCAAGGACAAUCUCUCCCGAUUACUACGAUGUAUGAGAAGAAUCUACGGCUCUAUUUAUGAUUUUAGUCCGCCAUGCUUCCACCUGCCGCUGGAGUACGCGAAGCUGGUGUCGGAGUGUUCGCGGCUGCAGCACGACGGCGGGCGCGCGGUGUGGAUACAUAAGCCCGUCGCCCAGAGCCAGGGACGAGGGAUAUUCCUGUUCCGGAACGUGUGCGAGAUGCAGUGCGGCAGCCCGGCGGUGGUGCAGCGGUACAUAGAGCGGCCGCUGCUGGUGGCGGGCUACAAGUUCGACCUGCGGCUGUACGUGUGCGUGCCCGCCUACCGCCCCCUCACCGCAUACAUGUACGCCGAGGGGCUCGCCAGGUUCGGGACAGACACGUACACACUGUCGGACAUACACAAUCCGUACAGACACCUGACCAACUCGUCGCUCAACAAAACCGGACCCAGAUACGCCGAGUGCAAGGAGAGAAUCGGAAAUGGUUGCAAGUGGACGUUCAAGCAGGUGCGACGGGCGCUGAUCGGCCGCUGGGGCGCCAAGGAGUGGCUGGUGUGGCAGAGGAUCAGGGCGCUGGUGACCCUCACACUGUUCGCGCAGGCCGCCGGCACUCCGCCCGCGAGGAACUGUUUCGAGUUCUACGGCUUCGACGUACUUCUAGACGACUGUCUCAAACCUUGGCUAUUGGAGGUGAACCUGUCCCCCGCGCUGGCGUCCGAGUGCGAUGCGGACGCAACGGUCAAGCGGCCGAUGCUGCACGAACUGUUCGACCUGCUGGGGCUUCCCAUGCGCUGCACCGGCCUGCAGCAGCUGCAGAUGCCUGUGAUGGCUCACAGCUAUAACUCUGAAGACGAGAGUCCGGUGAAGGAGCCAGCAAGGAGCACUAGCCACAAGGGUGGGCAGCGGCGACGGCGCGCCAUGCCUCUCCACUGCCUGACUCUACAGCCACCUUUACCGGACAAAGCCAUGGAACCAGUAGAAAAAUUCAAUGCCAAAAUUAUGCAGUACGGGCGAGUGUAUAAGACUGACGUAGCUCCAGAGGACACAGAAUCAAAGUCUUCAGUAAUAUCGGAGGGGGCAGAUGAGUCCUGGCGUGGGGGAUACUCGACGGCGGCGUCGCGGCGCAAGAUGGCCGCCGCGUGCGCAUGGGGCAACGGCGUGCGGUGGGACAGGGCCGUGGGACGAGUGGGACACUGGGUCAGGAUAUACCCCCACACCCUACCUAAUGCGGACCAGAUGCCGAUGGACGACACGAGAGAGAACAUAGCCCAAGUAGCAAAGUUUCUCCGUGCAGCACGAGAAGUGUCUAAAGAGGGACUCAGCGAGACGAGAGACCUGAAACGGGACAGCAUCUUCGAGGCAGCCCUGAGGAAGAAACUGGCUAUCGGUCCUCAGUUCGAAGUGUGGCUGCCGCCCCUAUAAUGUGUUCUUCGCUUAAUAUAAGCUUAACUGAU